GGGGCCGAGUUGAAGGCCCGAAGCCUGGGGCUGGAGUUUGAGGGCAGACGGAGGGCAGGCCCGGGGCGAGUGUGGUGCCUAUGGCCCGCUGCCCCGCGGAGGGCCCGGCUGUUCAGGCCUGGUCACGGAUCCCGGUGGUGGGGCCUCGGGCCCUGGAGGACGCGCUGUCCGUGUGGAGCCCGCUGUCCCCGGACCCGCUUCAGUCUCAGUCCCAGCUCCUGAGCUUCGUGGCCGGGCUCCGUGACGAGGGUUACCUGCCCACCGUGCUCCGGAGCCGGGACGUGUACGGCUACACCUCAUCAACCUGCCAGGUCCCCCCGCCUGGGCCUGGGCCUGGCCCCGGAGCCUCGGCCUCAAUUAGCAGCCAGGCCCAGGGGGGCGCCUCCAGCAGCAGCAGCGCCGCCGCCGCCGCCGCCAGCCGCAAGAAACCCCGUAAAAACCCCAAGUGUAACGGCUGGCUCCGGCCCCCGGCCUCGGGGGUCCGCCUGAUGGGAGAGAGCUCCCUUAGGAGACACCGUUACCCCGAGAGGAGAGCCCCCAGGGAGAGGGAGAGCAAGAGCCGCCGCCAACAGCAACAGGCCCUGAAGCCCAGGCCUGGGGCACAGGCAGAUCCCACUAACAGCAGGCUGCAACUCCUCAGGUCCAAGGUCAUCAAAGUGGACGACUCCUCCUCGGACGAGGAGGUCCGCAGGAAAGCGCAGAAGAUCCUUCGGGUCAACCUGUCACCAGUCAUCAGGAUCAGCCCCAUCACCUACCCCCUUCACUAGGGGCUUGACCGCUGGGGAUGACGAGGACAAAGGCGCCACCGUCCCUCCCUCUUGCUCUCCCCACCACCAAGGCCAGGCGUUUCCCGCUCCGUCCGGGCGUGCGGCCGGACCCCGAGGGACGCAGACACGCAGCGAGACUCGUCGUACGUUUAUUCACCGCGAUCUCCGGAGCCCACCCGGACUGGUGUCCAACACCCAGGAUUCUCGACCGAGCUGGGGUUGCCAGAAGGAAAGGAGGUUCCAACCGCCGCCUGGAGCCCCCACCCUCGAGCCGUCCUCUCGCUUCCCAGAGCAUUUCUUCCACCCCCUCCCAGUCCAAGUCUCAACACCAAACUGUCUACACCCGCUGUUUUCUUUUUAAUAUCGUAGUGCAAUAUGAGAUGUGACUCUGUCUGGAUGUCUUUCCAAAAGUCUGGUUGACCACGGAUCGAUUUUUUUUAUUUCCUUUGGGGCGAGCCAGCACAGUCUUGAUGGGCUGAGUGACCUUCACCACCACCUCCUGUCCCGUAACCGUUCUGCGACUCUGUCUUUAAACUUUUGUGGGUGUUCGUUGUGUUCCUUGCAGGAAGGAAACCUGCUUUCCUUGUCCCCUGUGGACCCAUAUGUGACUCAAGUCCCAACUCUAGGUGCUUGAUUCUUGACUGGCACUCUGCGUGGCCCUGUAAGCCAUUCACUUUCUGUACAACCCACAUCCACCCUCUCGGGGCUCAUAGAGAUGUCCAAAAAUUCCAGUGGUGCUGCAUUCCACGGAGGGAAAAAUUGACUGAAAGUAAAUGUGUGGGACUGUCUGGUUAACCUGCAGUGUUAGAUUUGAUUUUUUUUUUUCCCUUCUUCCAAGAACUCAUCUGAAUGUUUCUUGGAUUUGAUUCUUUCCAGGUUGUGGCUCUCAUUUGUGUUGGAGCACAUUGCUCUUUGUGUAAAAAGGAGCCUGUUCUUCUGUUGUAAACUAAUGCAGGAAAACCAGAAACCAGAGCUCAGUAACAAUUGAAACUUUGUGGUGUUUGCAAAAUCAUUUGAGUUCCUGUCUUCCCCCGCUCUGUGCCUCAGCUUAUUUGCAGAAACCCUCGUUCAUGCUCUGUGUGUGUACAAAUCCCUCUGAGGCAAUGAGGGUCUUUAGGAUGCAGCAGAGGGGAUUUAUCAGAAUGGAUCCAUGGAUGAGGAUUUGAGUGGCAGGGUUAGGUUCGGAAAGCUCGGGUUCGUCUCCGAAUAGCGUGAAAAUAAAAACAGAAGGUGCCAGAGCUGCAGAGUUUCUCCAGCACUAUCUGUGGAGAGAGAAGCAGAGCUCACUUCCGGUUCCAAAGAAGUGUCAUGUUGUACUCAAAAGCAUUAAUUCUGGUUCUCUCUGCACCAUUGCUGCCAGAGCUGCUGAGUUUCUGUACCACUGUCUGCAUGAUAGAGGAGUAAAGAUUAUGAAAUAAAAACGGAAAGAACUGCGGAUGUUGUAAAUCAGGACCAAAAACAGAAGUUGCUGGAAAAGCUCAGCAGGUCUGGCAGCAUCUGUGAAGAGAAAUUAGAGUUAACAUUUCAGGUCCGGUGACCCUUCCUCAGAACCAUGUGUAUAAGAUGUAUAUGACCGGUUUGGAUAUGGUAACAAAAGGAUGAGAUGUUCUGAUUAGUGCAGGGCUGGGCUGCCCAAGUUUAAGGUUUUGGGUGAGAAAUGCAGGGGGUGCGUGGAAGAACAUGUUUAUCCAAAGAUCUGGAACCUACUGUCCAUGAAAAGCUGGCGAAAGUAGAAACACUCAGUGAUUUAGAAAGGAAGUUGGGUGGAUUGAGACUUCAGAGAAAUAAACUCGUCAGACAGUGGGGAGUGAGUGGGAGAAUGAGCUGGCAUGGACUGGAUGGCUGCCUCCUCUGUCUGAUGAUUCUAUAGCUCCUUUUGUCCCCUUCCCAAUCACUGUCACUUUUCCAUCGCUACAAUCCUCUGAAAUAUCUUUGAUCCUCCAACACUGACCUUUUAUGUAUUUCAGUUUUCACUCCUGGAGGCUGUGCCUUCCGCUGGCUUGGUGCUCACUCCUGAAGGCACUGGCUUGGUGCUAAGCGCUGGAAUUUGUUCUAUAAACUCUCUCGCUCUCUCUCUCUCCUCCCCACCCCCCACUUCCUUUAAGGCACUUAGUAAAAACCUACCUCUUUGACCAAGUUUUUGAUCAUUGUAUUACUAACUCCCGAUAUGACUCACUGUUAGAAUUUGUCUUCUUUGUGCUCCUGAGAACUCCUUGGAAUGUUUUGCUAAGUUCAUGGCGCUAUAUAAAUGCGGUUAUUUUUAUAACAUACUGAAGCUUUAUCUGAGAGUAUGAAGGCACAAAGGGGUGGUUAGAGGGUUCCUCAGUAACAUAUUUUCAAUAUGAGACAAGACCACAGUUUUAAUACAGCUCUUUUUGCAUGGGUUAAAUUCAGAUGAAUGGUGUCCUGAUGUGUUGUGAAUGAUGGAGGACUGUGCUAUUUGAAGUAACUUUAAUACUGAAUCUAUUUCCUGUAACUGUGCUUAACAGGAGCUAGGAUGGAGUUGGGUCUGAUUGUUGGGGCCCGGGAUGAUCAUAACCAGGACCCUACCUCUUCGAUGUGGAUGGUGGACUUUGGAGUCAGAGCAGGCAGUCUUUUGGCAAAUCUAUAUCUGGCAUUUGAUAUGUUAUUUUGUUGAUUGAAUCCCAAUAGUCCAGUAUGUCAGCCACACAUGGCUACAUUGGGAAUACAGAUCUGAAAAGUUUCAGUGCUGAUUGGAAAUGAGAAGAACUCAUGAUGGGUAGUGCUUUUGGUUCGGUAAUCUCAGUUACUGUGUGCUUGGAAUUUACAAACUCAACCACUGUGUACAUUUACAUGGGAAUUGUAGAGUGUCUCAGUGCCUGCUUAUUGAUCGUUUGCGGCUGCUGUGGGGUCUGUUCAAUAAAUAUCCACACAGGACGUACAUUUAUCAGGGUUGUCUGAGAGGCAUUGUGUCCUGCAAACGGUGGAAUUAGAUUAACAUAGUCUGAAAUGUGGCUCAUUAGUGGUUUCAAUUGGCCAACUCUGGAUAAUAUGUAAUAUUUUAUUCAUAUGUAUUUUUAAUUAACCUGUUCAGAGAUGUUAUAACACAUCUUGGAGCAGGUGUGGCUUGAACCCAGGUCUUCCAGCCCGUAGGUAGGGACACUACCACAAGACCCCCUAAUUUUGAUAUAUCACCAUUUGUAUUAUUUCCACUGUCCCCUUCAAACACUGGGUAUUGUCCUCUGGCAUGGUACUGAUGUAAGGCAGGGAGGAACCAGUCUCCCUCUGUGACACAUGUCUGUAUCUUUCCACCCACCAGCUGAGGGGCUGCUAUUGAGAUCAGCUGGAAUCGGGUAAAGGGCUCGAGCUCCUCGCGCUGCAGUCUGAUUUUAAUGUAGUGAUGCUAACCACAAGGUGUGAGGACAUGGGCUGCUGAGAGGCUAAACUGAAGUUACCUGCGAUGCCUUCUCUAGCAGAAUUCCCUACCAAUACUGUGUGUCUGGAAUUGCAUGUGAACAAUGGCUCCAUCACCACCCCCAACCCCAUCUGCAAUCCAUACAGACUGUGACCCUUCACUGAUAUAAAGUUGCUCCAAUAUCCAGUUGCCUCCUGUUUAUCAGCGUUUUUCUACCAUAAAGGUUAAUCAUUUCCCAUUCAGACGGUGAAACACUUUAUUGGGGAAUGCUGUGAGACAGUGAAGGAGACCAUCCCGUGCUUUGAUUCGGAUUGACGGAGGCUGCUAUCUUUGGAAUGAGUGGCACCUCUGUGGGAGGUGUGCUUCAAAGUGUUACUGAAAUAAAACCAAAAAAGAUGCAAAAUUGCUGGUGUGUCUUUGACAUCUCAAUGUCUGUAGCUGCACACUCACCUGCUUGUUGUAAAUGUUCUUCGUGUUCGCCACCAGUAAUCAACAUGUUUUUGAUUCAAGUGGCUCUGUGUUUUUACAUAAAACCAAUUUAGCUGCCUUUUCAGUAGAAAGCCUUUACUGUGAAUUAUGAGAGGUCUGUCAGGAAAUUGGAUUUGUCUUCAUCCUUAUGUUAAACGUGACUGUCAGACUAUUAUGCCAAUGUUUUGCAUUUUUGUAUGUACCUUUUCUCGUAUUUUGGCAUUAUCAUCCCAAAAUGAAUGUUUUCCAGAAUGUUUCAAAGAUUCAACUUGACUUUUUAAAUAAUUGAGAACAAGGGUCUGGAUUUGGAAGCAAUUAAAAUGCAGGGUCUUUGUUCUCCAUUAGGCCCUUGGUGUGAGAUAAAGAUCUAUCUGACUUUGUGCUGGAACUGUGUUGCAGCUACCCAGUUAUUGUCUAGACAAUGUGACUCCAACUUCCAGCCUCCACUUGAGCAACAGCUAAAGAUAUAAGGAGAAAUCUCUUAACCCCUCAAGUUGAAUCAAUCAAAGACAACCUUCACUGACUUGGAGUAGGCAGUGCACAGACUUUGAGAGGAGAGAAUUUGCAGGGCGAUGUGGGAAUGGGAUUAACUGGACAGCUUUUUCAAAACACCAGUACAAGACUGAUGGGCCAAAUGGCCUACUCCUGUGCUGACAUAUGCUGGUUUGAGAAGCUGCUGAUGAGGCAGCAGCUCAGUGUUUGUCCCCGUUGAAAGGUGGGUUUGCUGCAGUAACCUUGCCAUUAAGUAUUUUUGGGCCUAAGGAAGGGACAAUUGCUUCUCAAAUAUGAACGCGCAAAGCUGUUUUUGUUUAUUUUCCUGAGCAACAGCAUCUUCAGAGAUCAUCUCAGGAAUGGAUAUGUCAGGGUUUUGUACCUGAGAGGUUCUCUCUGCCCCCAUCCCAGUGGUGAGGCCUUAAUUACAGUUGGGAACAUGUCAAGUGGAGUCCCAGCUGUGUUUUGCAGAAAGUGCAGAGUGAACAUCUGGAGGAAAAGCAAUCCUCCUUUCAACAGGAGAUUGAAGGGCAGUUAAAGGUUCCUCAUAAACCCCUGUCUGUUCACUCCUCGCUGAGAGCCCUGGUCCUUCCUACAACAGUGAAUCAUUUGAGGACAGAAAGCGCAGCAGGAUAGGCUUUGCAUUGAACACCCUUGCGGUGAAUUAAUCACAAACUGGUGAGGAGCACAACAGCUGAAGAGCUGCAGUAUGUCCAGGAUGAAUGGCCCCCUAUCUGAAAUGCGCAUCGUCCUGUGAACUUUGUUGAAUGCUUUUCUGACAAACCGCACGGAAGGGUGUCUUUUGGUGUCACCUCACAGAAUUCGUGUCAGCACAGUAUUGUUGAAAACGGUCUGCUUUUCAUUGGCAGUCCUGCUUUGGAUUUUUGGAAAGCGCAUCAACCUGGACUUGCUGUGAGCAGGGGUUGGAAGUAUUCUCACAGGAUGCUAUUGAGAGAGGCACAAAUGUGCAGGUGGGGAAUCUAGGAAAUGAUAAUUUGGAGAUGGUCAUGUGGCAAUAGUUUGAGCAGUUUUCUGGGAUGUAAAAGGCAGUGUAUGUGUUUUAGAUUUUUAAAAUGGGGAGGGUGAGGAAUUGGGCAAUUGAUUUAUAUAUUUUUAACCUUUUCAAACUUAGAAGAUUUUCACACACCAAAUGGAAAGCUGGGAAUGAGUGAUUUUGAUAUCUUGAUCUGUUUGUAUGAUUUACAUUUAUUUUCCAAAUGACACUUCUGACUGUGAAAUGUACUGCAAUUUUUCACUAUUGGGAUUACAGUAUGGACAGGAGUUAUUUAAAUAAUAAAGAAACAUUUUCAACAAUUUAA